AUGAGGACCCUUCGGCAUUCCAUCAAGAAAUCAACCCCAAGAAGAGCCGUAUCAAGUGCUGGUGGAGCAUUCCGGCGAUUGCUGACCCCAGUGUCGGCGCAACAACCGAUCACCGUAACUGAAGAGAAGCGCAAUUCGAACUGUCGAUUUUCCACAACACCAAACCUUAAGGGAAUUCAGAGACUACUCCAAUACACUCCACCUCCCCAAGUCAUUCCUGCGACUCCAGCUGAACGCUCCAAGGUUUCUUCUGCAAGCAAGCUACGAAGCAGGCACUUCAAGCGUAUUCGUGCCAACAAGCACCGCCAACGAACAAGAAUUCUUAUCAGUGCAAGCCUCGCAUUUCUGUACUACUGCAAGUCGGGAGACCAAACCUCAAUACCAAACAAAGUCAAUUCUAGAUUGUCCAUAAGAGGCAGUUUGCAUCUUCUCGCAAAAGCACCUAGCAUACUUGAAAGUCCGUCGACGACCUAUGAAAAAUUCCUCUCGCUGAAACGCAAAACAGGCUAUAACAAGGUUUCACUUGGGGAGAGGUCAUCCAAGCGACUGCGAGUGGAGGGAAUAGCACUCAGAGAAGGACUUACAGAAGCAUCCGAACGCCUUCAAAGUGUGCCACCAUAUCCAACAGCUGUGACACAAACGAAACCUAAUUUCACCAAUUGGCAGAAUGUCAUUACCGAGGCUUCUGAACGACUUCAAAGCGUGCCGCCGUACCCAACUCCAUUGAGCAUCAACCUACCUGUUGCUGUGACACAAAGUGUUAAGAACUUUGCUGAACGAUUCCCUGUUAUAGCUGCAGCUAUGAAGCAGAAUGUCAAGAACUUUAGUGACGAAGUCACCGAGAAAGUGCACGUUGCGGCUGUGGGGCAAUUCAACACCAUUUCCGAAGGUGUAUCCGUCAGGGUUGCUGCCAUGAAGAAGAAUGUUAAGAACCUCACGAUGAUAUUGCCGGUUGCUGAAACGCGGCAAUUCCUAAAAAAGUGGACUCGGCUUCCGCUUCCAGCUUACUCCCAUCCUCUCCUUCAGCAAAAGCAGAAACAAGAAAAACGCCGUGUUUAA